AAUCUUGUUUGUCCAUUAUGUUUUGUCAAACAAUAAACCGGCCUACGCAGCAGACGGCUUGUAGAGCCGUGUGUUAAACUUCGGAUUGUGUAUAGCAAUAUUCAUAAAGUAUAACUAGAGUUUGACCUUAAUCAUUAUUCUUAAGAACUCAUUUAAAGUUGGAGACCAAAAGGAUGUUACGCGGGAAUGUUUCGCGUAUUUAUGUUCUGUUUAUUGUCUCUAUGGUUUUUGCCACCGUCAUCUGUUCAGAAAGAGCUCUCGUUGCGAAGACAACGAAGACAAGAAAUCAAGAUAAGAAAUUACUAGAACUUGUCACUACAAGAAAGCCCUGCACGAAAAAGCAUAAACACCCUAAACCUACACAGCAUACGACACCCUGUACUAGACACAAACACACAUCGGCGAUAACGGCAGAGUUAAAACCUGCCCCGACAACAAGGCCCUGUGAGGCGCGGCCAUGUACUGUGGGGGAGUGGAGUUCGUGGGGAAAUUGCUCGCAUGAGUGUGGGUCCAUUGGGGAGCAACAUCGACAUAGAGAUAUUGUGAGAUUUCCAAGUUGUGGUGGAGGUUGCCAAGUACUUCUCGUCCAAACUCGACCUUGUAACAGGUUCUGCGCCAACGGAGGCACGCCACAGGGUGAACGAUGCCAAUGCUCCGGGAUGUUCAAAGGUCAAUGCUGCAGAAUAGUUGAUGGAGGCUGGUCCGAGUGGAGCCCGUGGUCCUCAUGUACACGGACAUGCGAUACGGGAGAACAACUGCGCAUGCGCACGUGUGACAACCCUUACCCAGUCCACGACGGCCAUUUUUGCAACGGAGCCCGCGAGGAAAUCAGAGAAUGUACAAACGGAAGACCGUGUAUAAUAGGUGGUAAUGGAGGACUCGGAAGUUCAGGAAAACGAGCAUUUCCACUACGCAUGCGUCGCUCCGCCAAUCAAGGUGACGUCACUAGCGAUGACGUAACACCAAAUGAUGUCGAUAUCACUUCCAACGUGAAAUUCGAAGCAAGCGGCGGCGAGCCGUUGGGAAGCUGGGGAGAGUGGACGAGCUGGAGUGCCUGCAGUGUGACGUGUGGUGGCGGUCAGCGGUUCAGGACGCGCGUCUGUCAGACGGACGGAGCUCAAUGUCAGGGGAAAUCAUUAGAUGUUCAGGUGUGCGCAGAAAGCAAAUGCGCUUUACCGGUGGAUUGGGAAACGCCGUAAAGCGGCCAACCAGUUUACUUCGGUCGAUAACGUAUAACAAUCUUCGAUGAUUUUGAACGGAAAACGCGAAAAAUAUUUCAAAACUGUAAAAGCAGUGUGUCUAUUGGAAGUUUAUAUGACUGAUAAUUUAGAGCGGAUGGCCUGUUAAAUACCGCGGAUUCUAAUAGAUUCUUUGUGGGUUGAGGUCUGCCUUCAGAAAACUGGUGACAAUGCCGGCCCGGCUCUGAAUGUAUCCGAUUUACUCGUACAGUGAUGCCAUCUUCAUCAUUGCGAUUGAGAGUUUAGAAACUCAGGAAUCAGCCCAAUAAAAUAAACAGAUAUUUUCCAUAGGUAUUUCAUAGGGAAUGAGCUCAUUAGCGCGCGCAAAUGGCAAAUAACAGUUUUACGGCCAAAAGGAAGUAUGGGUCUUCUCGUAUUCCUACCGAGUGCAAGGGAAAUAGGGGUUAUUUGCCGGGUGGGAGGUCGGUAUCGUGAAAUACCGUGACCGAGUUCUUGAAAAUACUGACCGAGGCCAAAAUUAUUUAUUUUUCUCCUAGCGCCAGCGAAAACAUACUUGAGCGAGCAGCGCGCGCAAAAUAUCAAUUCUCGAACCUAGGGCAGAUAUAGGAAUCUCCGGACCGCUCUAUUAGCCAAUCAGAAUGCAGGAUUCGUUACCGUGACCGCUAAAAAAUAAUAAAGAUUAUUUUGAUCUUG